AUGACCAUCGGAAAGCUCCUGGCCAACGGGGCCUUGUUGUUUGAUGUCCUCAUCAUUGGCGCUGGUCCAUCGGGCUUGUCGGCUGCCACCGGUCUCGCUCGUCAAUUACACACGGCAGUAGUAUUCGACUCUGGAGUCUAUCGCAAUGCAAAGACAAAUCAUAUGCAUAAUGUCCUGGGUUGGGAUCACCGCAACCCCACAGACCUGCGAGCUGCGGGUCGGGCCGAUCUAUCCAACCGAUAUUCGACCAUUCAGUUUCAAAACACAUCCAUUGAGACAAUCUGGAGACUGGACGAUAAACAAAUCUUUGAAGCCCGAGAUGCACAUGGUAAACAAUGGUAUGGUCGAAAGGUAGUCCUCGCUACUGGUGUCCGGGACAUUCCUUUGGAAAUCGAGGGAUAUUCGGAGUGCUGGGCAAAUGGAAUUUACCACUGUUUGUUCUGUGAUGGUUACGAAGAACGGGGCCAGGAGACCGUCGGAGUCAUCGCUUUAGGUCUCGUCGCCAACGUGCAGAGAGCCCUACACCUUGCUCGCAUGGCUCAUCGGCUUUCCAAGUCUGUGACUAUUUACACCGAUGGCAAUCAACCUCUUGUCACCGAGAUUCAGGAAGCGGCGCCUGAAACCGCAUCCUGGCUCCAAAUACAGUCGCGACCGAUCGCUCGAUUCGAAAAGGGACAGGUGGACAAAACAGUCAUUGUUCAUUUCAAGGAUCAGGCAGAUAGCAAAGAAGAGGGCUUCCUGGUCUACAACCCAAAGACAGAGAUAAACGGACCUUUUGCCGACCAGCUUUCUUUGGCCUUAACAGAAGGGGGCGAUCUUCAAACAUCCCAGCCAUUCCACGAGACCAGUGUUCCUGGUGUAUUCGCAGUAGGAGACUGUGCCACUCCCAUCAAGGUAGUCAGCCUUGCGACUGCAAUGGGAUCUCUCGCUGCUGGGGGGCUGGUUGCUCAGCUCCAGGCGCAACCCGUAGUGGAGUUUGGAAGUGAUGGGGAACUGUAG